CUAUGAAUAGACAUUUUCAAUGUCAUUUAAAAUUUGGUGAAAUUUUCAUAGUGUUGUGCAUACAGCAUUUAAGUGAAAAGUCAAGAAAACAAAAAUGAGUCAACAAGAACAACAACGACCACGAUAUCGAAUACUUUCGAUUGUUAUGAAUGCUGUUGGUCAUAUAAAUGCUUGUCAAGGACUUUGCGAUAAACUUCGUGAUCAUGGUCAUAAUGUUGUGUUUUUAAUUGACGAAGAAUUUGCUGGCCGUUUAAAACCAUUUGGUUUUGAAGAAUGUCAUUAUCGUAUGCCAAAACCAACUAUAGAGAAUGAAUCUGGUGAAAAAAUUGAAUUCUGGCAAUGGUUUUUAUCUCAUAAUGCAAAACUAUAUAGUCUGUCACCAGUUGAACAGAUGGAACAAUUGAAUCCGACAGUGUUUCGUACGAUGUUUGAUCAACAACGUAGUGUUGAAGAUAUUUAUCGUAAAUCGAUUGAAGAUAUCCGGCCAGAUUUGAUUAUUAGUGAUUGUUAUAUAAGCUGUCCGGCCAUUAUAAUGUCCGGUAUACCAUGGAUAUGGCUUUUUUCUGCUGCACCACAAGCAAUGAUUAUGGAUCCACGUUUACCACCAUUUUAUUCAGGUUUACCAUCGAAUGGUGAUAAGAAACAAUGGCAAGAAUUUCAACAAAGAACAAAUAAAGCUUACGCAUCAUUGUUUAAUGAUAUUAAUGAAUAUUCAAUGGAAAAAGGAAUGCAACCAUUGAAUAAUCGUCUUCAUCCAUUAUCACCAUAUUUGAAUAUUUAUAUGUGGCCACUUGAAAUGCGAUAUCAAGAAAUGAAUGAAUUACCUGAAAAUAUCUUUGGUGUCGACAAUCUUAUGCGGAAAACAGCACAACAACAAUUUGAUAUUCCAGAAUCGAUUCGUAAUAAACCGGGCAAAUUGAUUCUAUUCUCAAUGGGAUCGUUUGGAUGUUCAAAUGUUGGCCUAAUGAAACGAUUGGUGGGCAUUUUUAGUAAAUCACCAAAUCGAUUUAUUGUUUCAAAAGGACCAAUGGCAUAUGAUCUAUCAGAAAAUAUGUGGGGCGAUAAAUUUCUACCACAAAAAGCCAUAUUACCAUUGGUCGAUUUGGUCAUUACACAUGGUGGUAAUAAUACGGUGACAGAAUCAUUUUAUUUUGGCAAAAAAAUGCUCAUUUUACCAACAUUUGAUGAUCAAUUUGAUAAUGCACAACGUUUAGUUGAAGUUGGUCUUGGUGCACGAUUAAAUCCAUUUGAAUCAAGUGAAAAAGAAUUUCUGGAUACCAUUCAACGAUUAUUGGAUGAUGAACAAUUAACAGAACGAAUGGCAAAAAUUGGCGAACGUAUACGUGGAUCAGAAAAUGAUAAAGAAAAAUUGGCCAAACGUGUUGAAGAAAUUUGUGAGAAAUAUCAAAACCAAAAAAAAAAAAUAAAUCAAAAAAAUAAUUAAAACAAACAGAAAAAUUUUUUUUUAAAGAAAAAAAAUGA